CCCGCCCGCCCGGCGCCGCACCCGGCUCCGCACCCGGCACACGGAUUUACGGCGCGGACUGCAGCCUCCGGAGCGGCCCGGCAGGAAUGGAGGGAUGCAGGUACAGCUGGGAGCAGCAGGACACCAGCACAGCCUUUUGGGGAUAGGCGUGAAGGGGAUUGCCUGUGAGGACACAGCAGGAGCCCCCCAGACCCCGGAGGAACCUGGGAUCUCACUGGGACCAGGGAGAGCUCCCCUUCCACCCUGCCACCUGCCGUGUUUCCAGGGAUCUAUACCAGGAUUUGGGGCUCGGAGCCUGGAAGCGUCUUAGUGCCAUAGGACUGCCGGAGAGCCUGACAGCGAUGGGGGACCCACCAGCGAGGAGGGACGUUCCUCCAGGAGGCCCUGCACAGCCGUGAGCCCUGGCUGCUGGUGGUGGAGGGUGCCUGGGGCUGGGCUGCUCAGCCAGCCCUGGGCUGGGGGCAGAACCACGGUGCCUGCAGGGCACGGCCCCUGAGGGGCGAAGGGCCGGCGUGGGGUCUGCAGGGGCAGCCCCGAGCCCCGGGACAGUGGGGCUGCCAGCCGAGCCACUGCUCCUGCAGGCACCUCUCCCUGGGGCGGCGGCGGGGGACAGAGCGGCGCUGGGCCCCUGGGCCGGCCGCGGAUGCGCCCCUGCGCCGCGCCGGCGGGAGCACUCCCCUAGCGCCGAGGGCCGCAGGGCCGCCCGCCUCACCAUGGUGCUGCCGCCGCCCGACAGGCGCCACGUCUGCCUCACCACCAUCGUCAUCAUGACCAGCAUGGCCUUCAUGGACGCCUACCUGGUGGAGCAGAACCAGGGGCCCCGCAAGAUCGGCGUCUGCAUCAUCGUGCUGGUGGGGGACAUCUGCUUCCUCAUCGUGCUGCGCUACGUGGCCGUGUGGGUGGGCGCCGAGGUGAAGACGGCCAAGCGGGGCUAUGCCAUGAUCCUGUGGUUCCUCUACAUCUUCGUGCUGGAGAUCAAGCUGUAUUUCAUCUUUCAGAAUUACAAAGCGGACAAGAAGAACCUGGAGACGGUGGCCCGGAAAGCUCUGACCCUGCUGCUCUCCAUCUGUGUGCCGGGGCUCUACCUGGUGCUGGUGGCCUUGGACAGCAUGGAGUACAUACGGACCUUUCGGAAGAAGGAGGACUUGCGGGGACGCCUCUUCUGGGUGGCCCUCGACCUGCUGGAUAUCUUGGACAUCCAGGCCAACCUGUGGGAGCCACACAGGACCGGCCUGCCCAUCUGGGCAGAGGGGCUCAUGUUCUUCUACUGCUACAUACUCCUCCUGAUCCUGCCUUGCGUGUCGCUCAGUGAGAUCAGCAUGCAAGGGGAGCACAUUGCCCCGCAAAAAAUGAUGCUCUAUCCCGUCCUCAGCCUGGUCACCAUCAACAUCGUCACCAUCUUCAUCCGGGCCAUCAACAUGAUCUUGUUCCAGGACAGCAGGGUCUCCACCAUCUUUAUCGGCAAGAACAUCAUCGCCAUCGCCACCAAGGCAUGCACCUUCCUGGAGUACAAGCGGCAGGUGAAGGAGUUCCCGCAGAACGCCAUCGCCCUGGAGCUGCAGCAGAACUCCCUCUCGCACAACCAGACGGUGCACAGCGCACAGGGCAUCCCCCACGAGCCGUCGCCCACCAGCGAGAUCCUGGACACAUGAGGGGUGCCCCGGGCCGGCGUUGGUUCCGAUGGCCCCGUGCCGAGCCGAGAGGGAGGGCGCUGCUUUCCUGCUGCCCACUGCACGCACGACAGACAAAUCCUGGCAGCGAGGGCUCUCCUAGGCACAGAAACACCAACAGCGUUCUGAUUGAGCUAUGGAGUGUCCUCUAGACGUCUUCAUCUCAGGUACAACCCUAGGAGUGCUCCAGACAAACCAAAUGGACUUGCAAAGGACCUGAACCAGCUGACCCUCUCUCCCCCUCCUGCCACCAUCUCCCCUCCCGAGCAAAGACUGCUAAGGCUGCAAUGUCCCUUUUUACUCCCCGAGCACCUCACCUUUACUCCAAGCCUGGAUCGAAGGUUUUGUUACUGGAGACAUUUUUACGGGGUGGGGACAAGGGCA